UUUUUACAUACCACUCAAAAACUUGUUGCACCAUCUCUAAGUGUGACCAUUACUUGGGAUCAAAUCUUAACUAUCGAUAUGGCGUUAUAGACGAUUUCAGUCUGGCGCAAAGUUCCGUUAGCAGCAAGAAGAAGCGCAAAGGCAUUGUAACCAAAUAAUAUUGCUACUAAAGUUGUUGUUUUUGUCCCACUGAAAAUGGAGUUACGCAGCCGAACCAACAGGAGAUUAGUUGACUUCCUCAAAAGCGCAGGCGUCUACGAGGAAGGCAUGGAUAUUGAGGAAAUGUCCGAGUUAGCAAGUGUAGUGCAGCAAUCGGCUAGUAUCAGUCCCCCGGAUGAGGAUCUAGAAAGGGCUCUGCAUGAAAGCGAGUCUGAUUUUUUGACCUCUCAUCCCAGUGCCUUGCACAACUCAACGAUGAUCAUAUCGCCGCAAGUGACCAGGAGAAAUCCCUCAGAAGUGGACAGUCCACCGAGCGACCCGAUCCGUAUAACUUUUCGGGCUCUAGUGCACCGUGCCAUGGACUGGAGUCCCACCUCGGACAAUCGAAUUCCCGAACGCAAGCGCAUUGCUGCGGAUCGCAAUGAAAACGUCGAACUAGUUGGCAAACGUUCCAGAGCAACGGCGGCUAUCAGCAUUGGCCAGGCACCGGAGGAGGAGCCGCACAAUGCCGACGCCACACCCGUUUCCCCGGACAACGAGUGCGACUCCGGCGUCAGUUGGGAGGAGGUAUCUUUGUCCAGCGCCAGCGAUAGCACCACUCUUCCUUCCAUCGGCGAAAUGCCCGAUCGACAUUUAAUCAGCACUAGCAGCGUCGCCGUCUCGGAUUUCUCAGAUGCCAAUGAAAUCAGCCAGGAAUAGCCUGUUCCCGCCCAUGUCUUGUGGUUUAUGUUUCCCAAUCGAAUGCAUUAAAAAUUUUACAAUGUUUAUAUAGUCGAAAAAGUUAAUAUGUCACAUUAAAAGAUUGAAUUAUUGCAUUA